AUGGGUUUUGUUCCUCUGUGUUUCAGUCUGAUCAUGGGUUUGGUCGUCCUCUGUGUUUUCAGUCGGAUCAUGGUUUGGUUCCUCUGGUGUUUCAGUCUGAUCAUGGGUUUUGUUCUAUCUGUGUUUCAUCUGAUCAUGGGUUUGGUUCCUUCUGUGUUUCAGCUGAUCAUGGGUUUUGGUUCCUCUGUGUUUCAGUCUGAUCAUGGGGUGUGGUUCUCCUCUGUGUUUCAGUCUGAUCAUGGGUUUUGGUCCUCUGUGUUUCAGUUGCUCAUGGUUUGGUUCCUCUGUGUUUCAGUUCUGAUCAUGGGUUUGGUUCCUCUGUGUUUCAGUCUGAUCUUGGUUUGGUUCCUCUGUGUUUCCGUCUGA